UCCGGGAGCAGUUGUGCGCGAGAGGAGUUGUCCAACUUCCUCCGGAGUUGACGUGACGUUGCGUGCGCACUCGGACGUUUUCCGAAGAGACCGGCGGCGAAUCGGCGUGUUCCGGGCAGGCUGCAGAAGCGAGUCCAGGGCUCAGGAGGUCGCAGAGCCGAGCCAGUCCUCCUCAGAGCAGAAACCCGUCCUAAGGCGCGCUCUCACCAGCGGCCACUGCGCGCGUUAAAGGCGCGUCGGAGCCCAAAAGAACGCAGACGGCGCGGAGAUGCUGGCCAGAAAGAGCAUCAUCCCGGAGGAGUUCGGCCUGCCGGGUCUGGCGUCCCGCCUGCCCCGCAAGCCGGUGUUCCGCGACCGCGUCAACAAGGCGCGCUUCAUCGCCAAGAACGGCUCCUGCAACCUGGCGCACAAGAACAUCCGCGAGCAGGGCCGCUUCCUGCAGGACGUCUUCACCACGCUGGUGGACCUGAAGUGGCGCUUCACCCUCGUCAUCUUCACCACCACCUUCGUCAGCAGCUGGCUGCUCUUCGCCAUGAGCUGGUGGCUGGUGGCCUUCGCGCACGGAGACCUGGACCCGCAGCGCCUGCACGGACCUCACUGCGUCACUGACGUCAAGUCGUUCACCUCGGCCUUCCUCUUCUCCAUCGAGGUCCAGGUGACCAUCGGCUUCGGCGGGCGAAUGAUCACAGAGCAGUGCCCCGCCGCCAUCACCGUCCUCAUCCUGCAGAACAUCGUGGGCCUCAUCAUCAACGCCGUCAUGCUGGGUUGCAUCUUCAUGAAGACGGCGCAGUCCAACCGCCGUGCUGAGACGCUCAUCUUCAGCCGCCACGCCGUCAUCGCCGUGCGCAACAACCGCCUCUGCUUCAUGAUCCGCAUCGGCGAUCUGAGGAAGAGUAUGAUCAUCGGCGCCACCGUGCGGCUGCAGGUGGUGCGGAAGACGACCACACCCGAGGGCGAGGUGAUCCCCAUCCACCAGAUCGACGUCCAGACGGAGAGCGCCAUGGCCAGCAACAGCCUCUUCCUGCUGGCGCCGCUCAUCAUCUGCCACGUCAUCGACAAGAACAGUCCGCUGUACGAGCUGUCGGCCAUGGAGCUGCAGUGCAGCGACCUGGAGGUCAUCGUCAUCCUGGAGGGCGUGGUGGAGACCACGGGCAUCACCACCCAGGCCCGCACCUCCUACGUCUCCGAGGAGAUCCAGUGGGGCCACCGCUUCGUCGCCAUAGUAACGGAGGAAGACGGGGUCUACUCGGUGGACUACUCCAAGUUCGGGAACACCAUGCGGGUGGCCACGCCUCGCUGCAGCGCCCGGGAGCUGGACGAGAAGCCCAACAUCCUGAUCCAGACGCUGCAGAAGAGCGAGCUGUCGCACCAGAACUCGCUGAGGAAGAGGAACUCCAUGCGGCGCAACAACUCCAUGCGGAAAAGCGUGGGAAGCGGCGGGAGUCUGCGGCGAAACAACUCCGCCAAGGUGCAGUUCUUCACCCCCGCCGACAACUGCCAGAGCGUCAACGCCGUCACCUGACAUGAGGCCCGCCUCCUGCUGGCGGCCGCCGCGCUCCUCCUGGUGGCGAGGAGGCUCGUGGGCGUGUCCUCCGCCUCCAUAGGACUUCUUCUUUGGCUUUUCCCCACACCCGGCACAGCAGGGGUCAGCAACCUUUUUGAAAGCCAGAGCUACUUUUUGGGUACUGAUUCAUGCCAAGGGCUACCAGUUUGAUACACACUUCAAUAAAUUGCCAGAAAUUUGCUGAAUUUACCUUUAAUAAAUAAAUCUCU